CUUUUUUAUUUUGUUUUGUGUGUGUGUGUGUGUUGAACUCGCACUGGCCACACACAAACCUGAACACUGUCUUUUCCUUUUCCCCGUGCGUGUGCUGCGUGUGUUUGUUUCAUUUGUGGCAUGUGAUUCAUUUUUCACUGUUCUGAAAAUUUGCUGAAAAAAAACCAGAAGAAAAAUCCUAAAAAAACAGCGACAAAAACCAGACAAACAUGCAAUUAUUUGUCAAAGGACUAUCAGGCCUACUGGUAGUGAAUGUAAAUCCAUCGGAUACUGUUGGUAAACUUAAAUCCUUGAUUGAAAUCAGUGAAGGUGUUGAAUAUCAUAAACAACGAUUAAUUUAUGGUGGUCAACCAUUGGAAGAUUUAGAAACAAUCGAAUCGUAUGGAAUUGAAAAUGAAUCAACAAUUCAUAUAACAUUUGGUGGUUUGUUAGGUGGUGCUAAAAAACGUAAGAAGAAAAAUUAUACAACACCAAAAAAGAAUAAACAUAAGAAAAAGAAGGUUAAAUUGGCCGUAUUGAAAUUCUAUAAAGUUGAUGAUAACGGGAAAAUUACUCGUCUUCGUCGUGAAUGUGAAAAUAAAGAAUGUGGUGCUGGUGUUUUUAUGGCCAAUCAUGUUGAUCGUCAUUAUUGUGGUCGUUGUGGAUUGACAUUAGUCUAUAAUAAACCAGAAGAUAAAUAAAUGAUGAUCGGGCGACGACCAGGAAUGGAUUCCUACACAUUUUUUUUUUGUUUACCAUUCUUUUUUUUGAUUUGAAAAAAACAAAAUUCUGGAUUUGAAAAAUAAA